AUGCCAGAACAUGAUAAAAUCAAAAGAUUACUUGGCUCUUCAUAUUUGGAUUAUUUUUGUUGUCUUAAAAUUGUUGAAAUAUUAAAAGAAACAGAAAAAGAAAAAUGUCAUACACGUAAUUCAGAAUUCGAUAAAAGUAUUCAUGAAAUUGAAAAACAAUAUGCACAAUUGUGUAAUGAUAUGUCAAUUAAAGGUGAAAAUGUUCAACGAGAAUUAAUUCAACGUAUUGAAUAUUUACCAAAUAUAUGCACAAAAUUAGCUAGUGGACAGGAAAAUUCAAUUCUCUCAUUAAAAUCUGCUCUUGAUUUUUAUACAGAAUUUAUGAAACAUUUUCAUCUAUCUUCGAAAUCUGAUAAUGAAGAAUUUUUACCUAUGAUUAAAUAUUUAAUUAAACAUGGAAAUACAACUGUUUAUCAAUGGCGAACUGGCGGUCAUGUACCUGUUAGUGUUGAACGGCCAUCAUUAAAUUAUAAAUUUGCAGAAACAGCUGAAGUUUAUGAAGAAGAAGCGAAUAUUAUUCUCGGAUUAGAUGAUGAUUUAACAACAACAUCAACUGAAGGAAUUGAUGUUAAACAAACAGCAAAUCAAUCUGAUACGAUUAAUUUUGACACCGAAGCCGAAAUUGAUUGGUCUGCUAUUAAUACAAUACCUGAAUUACUUGAUUCAGCUCUUACAUCAAAUGGUACUCAUCCCAAUUCAAUUCCUGAUGCCCUUAGAGAAGCUGUUCUCAAUGAAUCAACUCAUCCAAUUGAUGAUGGUAUUGCUCGUGGCAAUGAUGCAUUUACAUUAUUAGAAAAUCGUUCAACAUAUAUAUUCUUUAUUCAUGAACUUUAUCGACUUUAA